AUGGCCAUCAGUUCUAUUCUAGUUACUUUGGAACAAUCAAAAUCAUUGACAAAAUCAAUGCAACAAUUAGAUUUAUUAUUUAGAGACAAGGUGAACAAUCUUAUCGGAACAACAACAGGUGUACAAUCAUCACCAAGUCUUGCAAAAUCACCUGUUACGAGUCCAAAUAUGAAUAAUAGUGGUGGAUUUAAUGAACCACAAGUGGAAAUUUCAAUGGAAACACUUAGAGAAAUGACAAAUCAAAUUUGUUGUGUAGAGGAAGGUGUUAAAACUUUGGAACCUUACAGUGAAAAAGUCAAGACUAAAUCAAAACCUAAACUUUUGCAAUAUAAGGAAAAAUUAAUUAAAACAUUGAUUGGUGGAAAGUUUAUUAGUGAAAUGAUGGAAAGCCCAGAAAAGAAAAAUAUAGAAGCUUGUAGAGAAUUAAUUGAACUGGUUCAAAGAAUUGAUUCCAGUAAUGGUGUCAAUACUAUAUUCGAACUAUAUUAUGAGAAGAAUUAUAAGGAAAUUAUUGAACAACAAAAGAAGCAGCAACAAUUCUUCAAUCAAAUUUUGUACAUACUCAAACAAGAAGAUUUAAUUUAUAGGAAGUUAUUCCAAAGUUUUUCAUCACCUGAUGAAAUUAGAACAAAUGUAAAGGUAAAAUUGGUAGAAUUUUGCUUCAAACAUAAGAAUUGUUCACUGCUUCAAACUGAAGAUCUCCAACAAUUGGUCAUGAAUCAAUAUAGAUCAACAAAGACCUUUUUCAAACAAUUGGAUGACCUCUCCAAAUCAGAAACCAUUCAAAAAUUAUUAUUCGAACCUUAUGCAACUCUUCAAGCCAAAUAUCUUUCCACCCAGGAGAAGGACUACCUCUUGAAGCAAGUUAGACCUCACUUGUCGAUGAGUGAUAAUUUUGUAGAGUGUAUUGAUGAAGCUUUGAAUUUCCUUUUCACAGAAUGUGAAAAUGCCCUCGAGAGAUGUAUAACCUUUACCUAUGGUAUUGAAUCACAAAGCUUUAUCAAGGUUAUCAACCAAGUUUUCGAUGAUUUUGGUCAAUCCAUCAAAAAGACUGUCAGUAAUGAAAUUAAUAAGAGUCUCAAGAAUAGAAAGGUACCAACAUUAUCAGAAAUGGCUUCAUUCUCUGUGAAGGAUAGAGAACUCAUACAGAAUGCUCUCAAAUUAUUUGAAUUGGUCAAUGAUAAGGAUCAGGGUGUAAAGAAAAAGCUUGAAGAAUUGGAAGAAAAAAUCAAAACAAAACUCUUGGAAGUACUCAAAGAAGUUCUUGCAAAGAAUAUGGCUGAGUAUUAUGUAAAAAUUCAGACAGAGCAAACCUUCAAGCAAUUGUCUCAUUUCUACAAUAGUUUACAAGAAACUCAAUUCCCAAUAUUUUCCAUGGCUUCAAAGUCAGUAGAUUUGAAUAUCCUCCAACCCUCCCAAGAAUUAGUCAAGACCACACUUGUAUCAUAUAUUUCCACUAUACUCAGCAGUGUUUCGACAAAGUACACCUCAACAAAUUAUUACCUGUCACUUCAAAACUCUAUUGGAAAUGUGGAAUAUGUAGAUGAUAUCCAUCUUCCAGAUUUGGAACAUUCCAUACACCCUUCCAAAUACAUUUCACAAGUUGGUGAAUAUCUCAUCAAGUUACCAGAACAAUUGGAAAUUUUAAAGAAUGAUGAUCAUGUUUCGCUCUGGAUUGAAAAUAUUUGUAAGGAGACUCUUAUAUUACUUUCUGAAGCUGUCUCACCACCAAAAAAUGGAGAGAAACACCAAAUUCAACAAUGGAAUGCAGAUGUAAGAUACUUGAAGCACAUUCUUGUGGAUGUGUUGGACUACCAAGAAGAUACCAAGAAGGUUCUUUCCGUUAUUGGAAAAUAA